CACCCGCCGCGCGCCCUGCGCGUGAUGCUGGAGACGCGUCGCGGCCGCGCGCACAUUACGCAACCGGCGGGCGAACGGAUCAGCGCUAGGACGACCGACAGGCCAACGUUCAGCUCAGAGGUCAGAGGUCUGCGGCCAUGGGGAAGGAGAAGCAGCACAUCAACAUCGUGGUGAUCGGUCACGUGGACUCUGGGAAGUCCACCACCACCGGCCACCUGAUCUACAAGUGUGGCGGCAUCGACAAGAGGACCAUCGAGAAGUUUGAGAAGGAGGCUGCCGAGAUGGGGAAGGGCUCCUUUAAGUACGCCUGGGUGCUGGACAAGCUGAAGGCGGAGCGGGAGCGCGGGAUCACCAUCGACAUCUCCCUGUGGAAGUUUGAGACGGGGCGCUACUACGUCACCAUCAUCGACGCCCCCGGACACCGCGACUUUAUCAAGAACAUGAUCACCGGCACCUCCCAGGCGGACUGCGCCGUGCUGAUCGUGGCGGCCGGGGUCGGGGAGUUCGAAGCGGGGAUCUCAAAGAACGGGCAGACCCGGGAGCACGCGCUGCUGGCCUACACCCUGGGGGUCAAGCAGCUCAUCGUGGGCGUCAACAAGAUGGACUCCACGGAGCCGCCCUACAGCCAGAGGAGGUAUGAGGAGAUCGUCAAGGAGGUGAGCACCUACAUCAAGAAGAUCGGCUACAACCCCGAUGCCGUGCCCUUCGUCCCGAUCUCCGGCUGGAACGGGGACAACAUGCUGGAGGCCAGCCCCAACAUGACGUGGUUCAAGGGCUGGAAGAUUGUCCGUAAGGAGGGCUCCGCCUCAGGGACCACCCUGCUGGAGGCGCUGGACUCCAUCCAGAGCCCCAGCCGGCCCACCGACAAGGCCCUUCGGCUGCCGCUGCAGGACGUCUACAAGAUCGGAGGGAUCGGCACGGUGCCGGUGGGCCGGGUGGAGACGGGCGUGCUGAAGCCGGGCAUGGUGGUGACCUUCGCCCCGGUCAACGUGACCACGGAGGUGAAGAGCGUGGAGAUGCACCACGAGGCCCUGGCCGAGGCGCUGCCCGGGGACAACGUGGGCUUCAACAUCAAGAACGUCUCCGUCAAGGACAUCCGCCGCGGGAACGUGGCGGGGGACAGCAAGAACGACCCGCCGCAGGAGGCCGCCCUCUUCACCGCGCAGGUGAUCAUCCUGAACCACCCGGGGCAGAUCAGCGCGGGCUACGCCCCGGUGCUGGACUGCCACACCGCGCACAUCGCCUGCAAGUUCAGCGAGCUCAAGGAGAAGAUCGACCGCCGCUCGGGGAAGAAGCUGGAGGACAACCCCAAGGCCCUGAAGUCCGGGGACGCCGCCAUCGUGGACAUGAUCCCCGGGAAGCCCAUGUGUGUGGAGAGCUUCUCCCAGUAUCCCCCGCUGGGGCGCUUCGCGGUGCGCGACAUGCGGCAGACGGUGGCGGUGGGCGUGAUCAAGGCGGUGGAGAAGAAGAGCAGCAGCACUGGGAAGGUCACCAAGUCGGCCCAGAAGGCCCAGAAGAACAAGUGACCCCCGUGCCCGGGUCCACUGGGGCACGACCUCUGCCUCCGCCACCCCCAUCCUAUCCUACACCCCCCUACACCAACCCAUCCUCCACCCUUAUCUCAACCCUCCUGACCGCCACCCCAUCCUCCGUCACCUCAACUCCCGCCUCCUCUUCCCUAACCUUCGCAACCCGACCCCAACCAACAAGUCAACCUCCCGCUUCCCCCACCCAACCACUCCUCCACCCAUCCCCUCCCCACCAUGGGCUGCUUCAACUCCACCCUCAGAGACUGCUUAAUGAUGCAGCGCAAAAGCAACAGGAGCAAAGAACUCAAUCCUCCUCCCUCAAAGCCCUCCAACACCACCCCAGGACCCUCCAACCCCAAAGGACCCCCCCCCUCCCCAAACAUCCCCUAGGACCCUCCAACCCCCAGUCGGUGUGUGGUUAGACCAUCGUAGCCUCCCUUGUUCUAGCUCCUUGAUGGACAUUAUACGACCUUGUGUUUUAGCUCCUUGACGGUUAACAAUCUGUAGACUUCCGCGUCGCAUCGCCACUCUAAUGUUAGCAAGAUGCUACUAACUCCGUUGGCAAGAUGUUGCUAACGGUGCUAGCUCUCGCUGUAGCGCAUCAUGCCGUCUGUAAGUUAUAUUUAUGUUGUUAUGUAUUAGUGUAGUUUGUUUGAAUUUGCCGGGAAUUCCUGGUAUGUAGAUACCUAUCAGAACUUCCAAGCUUUAAAUCUUGCGUGUUAAUGAUUAAAAAAAAAUAAGGUCCUGAAGGAGUCCUAAUAAAUGGUUGGUUCACUAAGGUCAAUCAAUUGUAAGCUUGAUGUACUGAAAGUUAAUUAGCAUAAGCUAACGCACCUUAUCUAGACAGCACAAGCCACUGGGCAAAUAAAGAUGUUACAACCAA